AUGGUCGAUGAUGCCGGGACAGAGACCCUGCCAGGCCGACCGGUCCCUCUCGAGGAUGAACAACAGGAUGGCAGAGGAAUUCCGGAGCUGUCGCAGCAGCCCGACGAUGGGGACACCAGGAGCACUAGGAGGAGGAGGCGGCGGCGGAAGCAUCAGAAAAUCAACCCAGGCCUAGCAAAGAAAUUUGACUUCAUGACCCAGUUGCUACGGAACCUGGACGCUCUGGUCUAUGCGGAGCUUUGCACUCUAUACUACAUGGAAUGUUCCAUUCUCCGCUUUGCCGUCCGCGCCUAUGGUCAACAUCAUUGGCUUACACCUAAGCCUGACGACUAUCCGCUGACUAUGGAGGCGGCACGGUCACAGGUUAUUUCGGUAUUCGUUCCGAACCUCAUCUGUAUCCUACUGCACAUCUUCACAUCGCUACCCACAGCUGGUGAAGCUGCCCGCGGAUAUCUUCAUGGAGGCGUGAUUGUGGACUUUAUCGGGCAAACACCGCCGACCUCCAGGUUUACGUUUCUCGCGCUCGAUUGCAUCAUACUGGUCAUCCAGUGUUUGAUGCUGGCUAUCCAUUCCGAGCGAGAGAAACUGCGCCCUAUUGUGCGACCUAUACUAUUCCGAUUACCACCAGCGCUCCAGGAGACAAUUGGAAUGGCCUCGACUCAAGACCACGAUGCUGAGGAACGAGGGGUGCUGACGGGUGCUCCUGGCCUGGAAGCAGAAGACCCCAACAGCGUGGAGCUGCAGCCUCUGCGGCCUAAUGGCGAAGGCGAACAUGAGCAAGAUGCUGAACAAAGCCAAUCUUCGCGACGUCGCUCGUCCCUUCAUGCAGCUAGUGGAAUGCAUCUGUUCGAUGUUCUCAGUUCGGGAAACGGUAUUGUGGGAGACGGCAUUGACGAGGCUUUCGGCGAUGAGGAGGAUGCCCCAGUUAGAACGUAA